AUGGAGUUACCUGCUCUUGGAACUGUGAGUAUCCCGCUCUCAAAGCUGCACGGUAUAACAGGCACCGCAGUGCAAUACGACAUCCUUAAAAUUCAGGACCAGCGCGUCUACAUCAGAGUGCCCGCAGACGAAGCCCACCUUCUCUCCUCUGCCCUCACAGCUAGCGCGCCGGACCUCUCGCUCUUGGAUGUCGGCCAAUCAGCAGCAUUCUUCAACAUCCUCGCCACAGGGCCCACCCUCAUGGCCAUUGCAGGCCCUGACCGAUUUUCCUGGUGCGAGGUGUAG